UUUACUACAUGACCAAAACAUCCAAGAAUCAAAGAAAAAAGCUUUAAGCUCAAGGCCAAGUUUUUAUUAAACCAAAGACCUCUUUUUCCUUUUUUUUUUUUUUUGUUUCAUGGGUCUGCUAAUUCUCUUGCUGCUAACGUGCGCCGCAUUUCCAUUGGCUUCAUCAGAUCCGAACGACGAGGCUUGUUUAACUAACUUAAGCCAAUCUUUGAAAGACCCAUUAAAGAACCUGCAAAACUGGACCAAAUCCACCUUUUCAAACCCUUGUAGCGGUUUCACUUCGUAUCUCCCUGGUGCCACUUGUAACAAUGGUCGAAUCUACAAACUUUCCCUUACAAACCUCUCUCUCCAAGGCUCUAUCUCACCUUUUCUCUCAAACUGUUCCAAUCUUCAGUCACUUGACUUGUCUUCAAACUCCAUCUCAGGAUCCAUCCCACAAGAUAUACAAUAUUUAGUCAACCUGGCAGUAUUGAAUCUUUCAUCAAACCGUCUUGAAGGAGAGAUCCCUCCACAGCUUACGUUAUGUGCCUAUUUAAACGUCAUUGAUCUUCAUGACAAUUUACUUACUGGUCAGAUUCCUCAACAAUUAGGCCUUCUUGCACGGCUGUCAGCUUUUGAUGUUUCUUACAACAAGCUUUCAGGGCCAAUACCAUCUUCUUUGGGGAACAGAAGUGGGAAUUUGCCAAGGUUCAAUGCUACUUCUUUUGAAGGAAAUAAGGAUCUUUAUGGAUACCCUUUACCACCUAUGAAAAGCAAAGGGUUGUCUGUUUUGACUAUUGUUGGAAUCGGAUUGGGAAGUGGACUUACUAGUUUGGUGCUUAGUUUUACUGGAGUUUGUAUUUGGCUGAAGAUCACAGAGGAAAAGAUGGCAGCCGAAGAAGGGAAGAUUACUCAGCUUAUGCCUGAUUAUUGAAAGAUUGAAUCUUGAUUUAACAUUUUGUUGAAGAUUACUGAGCUAAAAUUGAAAGAUUGAAAAUGUCAGGUAUGUUUUUAAAAUUUUUUUUCUUCCUUCUCAAUUUUAGUGAGGUUUGGGCUAAUCUUAUUCAGAGAAGUUGACUUUUACUGACUCUUUUUAGAGAGUUUUUCUGGGGUUUUUCAUCUUCUUCUUGAGAUUCUCUAUAAUAUUUAUGUUCAACAAUCAUCAAC